AUGAUUGCUCUGAUGCAAAAGCAGCGGCCUGCCCGCUACUCUGUGGCAUGGGAUCCUAAAGGUUGCCAGGCUUGCUUCGUUCUCUUUACACUCAUCUUCUUUUUCGUCUUCUCAUGGUCAAUAUAUCUCCCAGGCGUGAUCCAUGGGCCUCCCCUAUCCGAGCUUGAAGCAGUCGAAGAAACCCCCAUCCGCAACGCUACUCUAGGCUUCGAAAAAAUCUUUGCACUUGCGCUCCCUGAUCGUAAAGACCGAGUCCGCCCACUCCUUGAUGCCGCAAAUGCAACCAACAUCACCAUCACCGUCCUCAAUGCUGUGCGCGACUCCGAGAUCUCAGAAACGGGCAAGCCGAAGAAUUGGCCGGGCGAAAGACAUCGCGCUGGCGAGCUCGGCUGUCUUGUGUCCCACGUUAGAACGUGGAACAAGAUGGUAGCCAACAACAUCUCCUCCGCUCUCAUCAUGGAGUCCGACGCUGACUGGGAUCUCCGCAUCGCAUCCAUUCUCCAGCCACUUCCUCGCGCAAUCAGCAGAAUGGUGGACUUCGCAUCCUGGCCUCGCCUCCCCACCAACAACCCCAACGAUGCGCCUGAUGUGCCGCCUUCACCGAGCCCUAACCAUCCUUACGGCCUAAAUUGGGAUAUCCUUUGGCUCGGUCACUGCGGCUCCAACAAUGAAGGUACCUCGCGUAUCUACAGCUGGAAUGACAGCUCUGUACCGCCAGAGAACAAAGAGUUCGUCUUCGACAAUGGGUUGAACGCAGACCAGCAUAUUCCCGGAACGAGGGCGCUGUACCAAUUUCAGCGAACGACUUGCUCGACAGCUUACGCUAUCACGCUCCCUGGCGCCAAAAAGCUGGCGAAGUAUUUCAAAGAAGCAGACAAUAACCUCGAUCUGGAGCUCAGUGGAGUCUGCGCCAGACACGCAGAUAUGGUAUGUUUGGCUGUCUGGCCGCAGGUCAUCACAGCGUGCCAGUCGGAUAGCAACAUCGCCCAUUCCGGGGCGGGGGAUAUCGUGAACACACCUGACGAUGGUGAUGGGCCCAGCGAUGUCAAAGCUGGGCCUGCCCUGCAAUUCAGCGCGAGGAAGAACGCGGAAAGAAUCAUGAGAGAUGGGAAGGGUAGGGAUGACUGGAAGUCUCAGUGGGAUACUAUGUGGGCGCCUGGUGAGCCUCUGAAGGAAGAUGAACGCAAGGAAGCAGAGGAAGAGGGUGCUGAUGGAGGAGGGAAGGAGGGAGGGGAGAAAGGAGAGGAGGAGAAGGGGAAGGCGAGGAAAGACGGGAUGUGGGUUAUGGUGAAGCUGAAUCGGACGGCUGCUUUCCAAGAGGGUUGUGCGAAGGAUUUCGAAGUCUUGGAUGCGAGAAAAGUGGUGUCAGGGUAG